AGACAUCUGACUAAUGAAAAUAUCUAACAUAAAAAAGUUAGCCGCUUACCAACCGAAACAGAGAAACCGCCCGGAAAGAAAAUAUUCAGUCUUUUUAAGUCUUAGAGUUUGACCUGUUGAAGAGAAAGUUUGUAACACGCACAGAGAGAGGUUGAGAAUCUUUAUAUGCUAUGAAAGAUUUGAAGAUCCAUGCUUUGAAUUCGAUUGUUUGAAGGGAAUAUGGAAACCCCUUCAGCAGAGGAGCUUUUGAAGAAGAUCCAAAUACUUGAAGCGGGACAUGCCGAUCUCAAGCAAGAAAUUUCUAUUUUAAAACAAUCCGGUGGCGAUUCCAAGGCCAAUUCAACUCAUCAAAGAUCUCACUCUACUUCCCCUCGACGUCCGCGCUUCCCGGGGAACGCGGCGAAGCUUGCUGCUUGGAAGAAAGAUUCAGCUUCGUUUCGGCACUCCUCGCCGUUGCGAAGAGAGAGCAGAAACAAUGACACUGUCAAUGGCGACAGCGGCACCGGAGGAGAUUUAGGAGUAGGAGGAAGAGGAGGAGCUAUCGAAAGAACCGGGAACGUCGGGCCAGCUGCCGUCAAUUUCACUAACAGCCAGUAUUUGAAUAUAUUUCAGUCUAUGGGGCAAUCUGUUCAUAUAUUUGAUCUUAGUGGCCGUAUAAUUUAUUGGAAUAAAACUGCCGAAAAACUUUAUGGUUAUUCAGCAGCAGAGGCUUUAGAGCAAAAUGCCAUUCAACUUCUUGUUGAUCAUAGGGACUUCGCUGUUGCACUUAAUAUUGUUCAUUGUGUUAUGACGGGGGAUAGCUGGACUGGGCAAUUUCCUUUCAAGAAUAAAAUGGGGGAGAGGUUUUUGGCUGUUGCAACUUAUACUCCUUUUUAUGAUGAGGAUGAUGACGAUGAUAGUUCAUUGGUUGGAAUCAUUUGUGUAUCCAGUGAUACUCAGCCUUUGCAAGAAAGGAGAGCUGCAGUGUUGGCUGGAAAGCAACCUGAAGGAGAUUCAACCUUUAGCCGGUCUAAAAAUGCUGUCUCAGCUAAACUUGGUCUGGAUCCUCAACAACCUAUGCAAACAGCAAUUGCAUCAGAACUAACAAAUUUGGCGCUUAAGGUGAGCAACAAAAUGAAGUCCAGAAUUAAGAUGGGAGAGUAUUGUGUCGGUCGUGAAGGAGAAAGUGGAGAUGGUCAUUAUUUGGACCAUGGUUGCGCCAUCGCAGCUCAUUCUGAUCUUAAAGAAGAUGCAGUUUCCAAUGGAGCUUGUACACCUAGGGGAAGUAUUUACCCAUCUGCCUUUGAUGUCUUUUCUCCGUUGGAUGAAAAGUCCCCCAUGAACACCUCUCACGAUUCUGGUGAUGAGAGUGAAGGAAAACCUGCAAUCCAAAAGAUUAUGACCUUAGUGGGUAAAAAGGGGAUAUCGUGGCCUUGGAAAGAGACUGAUCGAGCAGGACCAGAGGCAAGAACUAAUCGUUUUGUAUGGCCUGGAUUGGCAAAUGAUCAAGAGAAUGAUUUAUUUGUACAGAAAAGCUCAUAUUCUGCUGCAAAAUCUGAAGGCCACGUUAAUGAAAAUAAUACCCCUGUCAAUAAUGAGCCAUCGGGCUCGUGGUCAUCCUCUGUUAAUGUUAACAGCACCAGCAGUGUUAGCAGCUUUGGAAGUACUAGCAGUAGUGCAGUUAAUAGAGCUGAGAUGGAUGUCGAUUGUUUAGAUUACGAAAUCUUGUGGGAGGACUUGACAAUUGGAGAUCAAAUUGGGCAAGGUUCUUGUGGAACAGUGUAUCAUGGUCUGUGGUUUGAAUCCGAGGUUGCAGUCAAGGUAUUCUCGAAGCAGGAAUAUUCAGAUGAUGUAAUAAAUGCCUUCAGAGAGGAGGUAUCUCUUAUGAAAAGACUUCGGCAUCCAAAUGUUCUGUUGUUCAUGGGAGUUGUGGUUUCAUCUCAACGUCUCUGCAUUGUCACAGAGUUCCUUCCACGUGGGAGUUUGUUUCAGUUACUACAAAGGAAUACUACCAAAUUAGGUUGGAGACGGCGUGUCAGUAUGGCUUUGGAUAUUGCACGAGGCAUGAAUUAUCUUCACAAUUGCAAUCCACCUAUCAUUCAUCGUGAUUUGAAGUCUUCAAAUCUUCUAGUGGAUAAGAAUUGGACCGUGAAGGUUGGCGAUUUUGGUUUGUCACGUCUCAAGCACAAAACAUAUCUCACAACAAAGUCGGGGAAAGGAACGCCUCAAUGGAUGGCGCCUGAAGUUCUUCGCAGUGAACCCUCAGAUGAGAAGUCCGAUGUUUAUAGCUUUGGCGUCAUAUUAUGGGAGCUAGCUACGGAGAAGAUACCUUGGGAGAAACACAACGCAAUGCAGUUGGUUGCAGCGGUAGGGUUCAUGAACCAAAGUCUAGAGAUUCCAAAGGAACUAGACCCACGGUGGGCUUCUAUAAUUGAGAUUUGCUGGAACAGUGAUCCAAAGAGCCGGCCAACGUUCCAGGAACUCCUUAACAAGCUUAGAGAUCUUCAAAGACAAUAUACUCUCCAACUUCAGCAAGCUCGUAACUCGGCCGAAGAAAAGGAAAUAUGAAUCAGAUGCUUGUGGCAUUGGUUCCAUAUUCUUUCAUUCAAACAAAAGAUGUAGAGAAGCAUGGGCAGUGAGCCACACGAGAAAGAUAAAAUGUAGGUAUUUAGUUGGCAGUAUGUGAGAGAAAGCAGCCCAAAUUUGAAGGUGAUGGGUUGGUUCCGGCAGGGGAUUUGGAGAUGGGGAUGAUGUCUCCUGUGAUUUUGAAACAUGUCAGGACGACUAAGGAAAUUCGUACGUAAUGCACAAUCUACGUUGGAGUAUAUAGGCUGAGAUAAAUAUCAUGCUUUAUUUGCUAUUUGUUAAACCACUCUAUAAUGGGGUCCCUUGUCUGCUAUUAGUUACUCUGUUGUUCUCGGAGUCCAUUAUUAUUAUUUACAAAAAGCUUGCAGCUUGAAAUUUAUAACUAAAUUUGUCGGAUGUCAAUAUUUUUUUAAUGCUUGUUACUCCAGCUUAUUGUACCUCAUUGUACUAAAUUUAGUGAACUAUAUCGCGAUCGGUCCCAAAUGUUUCAUUUUGGUUACAA